AUGCGCAACAACCCCAAAGCCAAACACACAGGAAAGGAGAUAGGCUCUCAGGAUGCCCAGACAAAAGCUGAGCUUGACCCAGUGACCCGCUCCCUGGCUCUCCACCUGUGCUGCCCAGCCUGUGACACUCUCCUCCUCCAGCCUGUGUCUCUGCCCUGUGGCCACUGCCUCUGUCGGCCCUGCCUGGAAGGCGUCCGCAAGAAGCCACCCAGCACCAAGGCUUCUGAUGCCGAGCAGCCUCAGCCCUGCUCCCAGUGCCCCCGCUGCCUGGUCCACUACUCCCUCCAGCCCGGCGAGUCCUGGCACUUCCCAGAGAACCUUCUCCUGGCUAACGUGGCUGAGCAGCUCCUGGAAAGGCUUGAGGGCCUGAGGCGGGUGAAGCAACCCAAAAACACCUGUGCCAAGAAGAUACCCCUGAGGGUGACCACCUGCGAGAUCUGCUGUAAGCAGCGCGAGGCCCAGCGCUACUGCCACACCUGCGGCCUCAACUACUGUGCCAAGUGCCUGAGAAAACUCCAUGGCAAACGAGCAUUCCAGGUCCACGUGCUGACGGAGCCUGUGGAGAGCGGGUGCCGCGAUCCGUGCCCCACCCACCACGACCGCUCCCUGUCCCACUGUUGCCUUGACGACGGAGCUCUGGGGUGCCAUGGGUGCAUGGAACAGGGGCACCAGGGACACGACGUGUCACUAGUCCACAAGGCCCGCGCCCACAUGGAGGUGGGCAUCCACAAUUCCCUAGAGCAGGCUUGGAAGGUGAAGUCCCAGUGUGAAGCUGACAUGGUGUCCAUGGACCAGUUGAGGGCCCAGACGGACUCCGACGGCACCGAGCUAGGACACCGUGUACGCGAGGGCUUCCUGUCUCUCCGUAAUGUCCUGCUAGACCAGGAGGCAUUGCUGCUCUCACACCUGGACAACCUGACCUCCAGCACCUGCAGCGGAGCCAUUGACUUCCUCCAGACCUCUGCCCCACUCCUGGGCUCCCUGACUGGGCUGGAGAUAAUCUCUGAACAGGCCCUCCUGGAGCCCAACACCGUGGCCUUCCUGACCGGGGCCAUGGCUCUGACCCAGCGGCUGCAGAGGGUCAACAGGGACAUUCAUCGCCCUGCCCUGACUCUCCAGGAGGGGGAGCCCUUCAAGGGGGUGAAGAUGGACUUUGAUGCCCUCUUUAGGGACCUGCAGGCCCUGCUGGGGACUCACCUCCACUGGAAGAGCCCCGAAGUGGCUGCAGUGGAUUCUGUGGCGACCGGCAUGGAGGCAGAUGUUUUGGAGGGGUGCUGCGACGUGGUGCAGCUGCCGUCAUGCCCAGGGACCCCCCACCGCUCCCUGGCGGACUCACCCCGAAGCCCCCGGACCCCCAGGAGCCACAGGAAGCUGGUGAUGGAGGAACAGCUGGGCCUGUCAGCUGGGGACUGCAGCGAUAAGGAAUGCUAUCUGCUGCCCAGGCCCCCCAUCAUCUACCAGCACAUCGUCAAUGGAGCCACUGUGGAGAUCUUCUGGAUGCUGCCCAUGGGUGAGGAGGUGGAGACCUUUGACAUCCACUUCCAGGAUGCUGUUACCGUGGGGAUGGUCAUGGAAGAGGGGAAGGGAGUGGUCCUGGUGGGGCUGAAGACAUGCAACCUGCAGACGGUCGGGCUCUGCCUAAACACACACUACCUGUUCCGGGCACGCUCUGUCAACAGCCACGGGGCCGGGGAGUGGAGCUCCUCCUACAGAGUGAACACCGAGUGCCAGGGAGAUGAGGCCAAGGCAGCCGUGACACAGGAAAUCUAACUCUUACAACAGGAAAUAAAGAUCCCACACAUCAAAUCUCAUACUCCAUAUGUCUACUUACAAUCUGCCAUUUACACAUAUUAUUUUACAUUAUCAAACAGAAACAUACAUUGCAUAAAAAAAUAAUGCAAGCAACUUUGAAAAAGUGAGUUAUU